CACACACAUUUGCACAGAGAGGGUCCCCAGACCUCCAUGAUGUCGGCCCCUGCCUCUAGGCCCCACCUGCCUCCUUACCUGCUGCUGGCUCUGCUGUUGGGAGUCAUAGGUGUGGCAGAUGAGGCGGAGCUGCAGGUGAUCCAGCCUGAGAGGUCGGUGUCUGUGGCAGCCGGAGGGACGGCCACUCUGCGCUGCACCGUGACCUCCCUGCUCCCCAUUGGGAAGGUGGAGUGGUUCAGGGGGACGGGGCCAAGCCGGGAGUUAAUCUUCAGUUCCAAUGGAUACCGCCACUCCCCCCAAGUAACAAAUAUUUCAGAUGUGAAAAGGCAAAAAAUGGACUUUUCCAUCCGUAUCAAUAACAUCACCCCAGCAGACACGGGAACUUACUACUGUGUGAAGUUCAAGAAAGGGGCUCAUGAUGUGGAGUUUAAGUCUGGACCAGGCACCCAGGUCACCGUGAAUGCCAAACCCUCUCCCCCCGUGGUGUCGGGCCCCACGGCCAGGGUCGCGCCCCAGCAGCCAGUGAACUUCACCUGCGAGUCCCACGGCUUCUCCCCCAGAAACGUCACCCUGAAAUGGUUCAAAAACGGGAACGAGCUGCCAGCCUCCCGGACCACCGUGGACCCAGAGGGAGACAGCGCUUCCUACAGCGUCUCCAGCAGCGCCACGCUGGUGCUGGCCCCGGGGGACGUCCGCUCCCAGCUCAUCUGCGAGGUGGACCACGAGACGCUGCAGGGGGGCCCUCCUCUUCGUGGGACGGCCAACCUGUCCGACACCCUGCGAGUUUCACCCACCGUGGAGAUUGCCCAGCAACCCCGGACAGGGGACCAGGUGAAGGUCACUUGCCAAGUGAAGAAGUUCUACCCCCAGCGCCUCCAGCUGACCUGGUUGGAGAACGGAAGCGUGUCACGAACAGAAACGGCCACGUUGGCAUCAAACCUCAUAGAGAACAAGGAUGGGACCUUUAAAUGGACGAGCUGGCUCCUGGUGAAUGUAUCCACCCACACGGAAGAUGUGGUUUUCACCUGCCAGGUGCAGCAUGACGGGCAGCCCGCGGUCACCAAAACCCACACCCUUGUGGCCUCUGCCCACCAGAGGGACCAGGAAACACUUGCAACCCAGGAUCAAGAACUGUCCACUCCACUCCUGGUGACUCUCUGCCUGGGCCCCAAGCUGCUGCUGCUCAUCACUGUCUCUGCCAUCUAUGUCCACAGGAAGCAAUGGAUUGACUGUGAGUUAUGGAUGAGGAGGACAGUGCAAAGUCCAUCCCAGAAAGAGCCAGGUCAGUGGGAGGAGCAGCCCACAGGUCACACAGGGUCAGCACCCACCUGGAGUAAAGAGCAGAUUCCCCAGCCUGGGUGAAGUUCUCUAAUGCCUCUUGAAUACAAAUGAAUCCCAUCCUGGAAUGAAGAAGAGAAAGGAUUCUCCUUCCUCUUUGCCUACAUGUCUUACUCCUCAAACCCAGAGAGAAGACUCCUUCCAUUCCCUGUGAUGAGAAUACUAGCUCUUCAUUCACCUGCAUGCUUUCCAGUCCUGCUUAGGUACCGUGCUGACAGUUCAGAAUCAGGAGCAUCCAUGAUUUCCUUCUUCAUAUCCCAUGUUCAAGUCUGCCUUCAUAAAGCUAUGUCCAGUGGCAAGAUGGUAAAUGGUAAACAAUCCACUCUCAGAAGGAAAAAGAAGCCCGAUUUGUAGUGCUUGUCCACUUCUCUGGUAUCUACACUCCCAAUGUGGCCAAUUUCAAGCUACCAGCAAUUGAAUUAGCUCACAAAAUUUCUGAAAAAGUCUUAGGUGUCAGUGCAAGCCUCCUCCCACACACUGUGAACUCCAUCUAGAUUCUUCACACUGCUCAUUCCCGGGCUGCUUCCUGGUCCCAGCCACAAGUAUCCCUUCCUGGACAAUUGCUAUGACCUUAACAGACUCUCUAGUUGCAGCCAGUGACCCUGUGGAAAUGGAAGUCAAAUUGUACCCCCUCCUCUGCUUCUUCCCCCUACAGAUGUGCAUGGCGCAGUCUCUUCCUCUUUCAAGCCCCUUCAAUAAAACACCCCACAUAAAAAAUCAA